UAUGCCCUUAUGGGUGAUGCUGAUGCUGAUGAUGAUGAUGAUGUUCUUCUGGCUUUUGUUUCCUUGAAACAUUCCCAGUGUUUUUUCAAACUAUAAAAACCAUUGUUUGGGAGGGUUUUGGUUUUUGGUUUGAAGGUUGGAACAGUUUGGGUUCAUUGUUUCUUCUCACGUUAUGGCGCAACUGCCUCCAAAGGUCCCAGCCAUGGCUGCCAACUGGCCUAGUUUUCCUCACCAGAAGAUCCCUUCCAUGGGGAACUUGGCGCCUCCCGCCACGCAGAACCCCUCCUGGGUCGAUGAAUUCCUCGACUUCUCCUCCGCCAAGCGGGGCACUCACCGGAGAUCCGUCAGCGACUCCAUUGCCUUCUUCGAGGCCCCGGACGAUUGCCGCAACUCGGGGGCGGCCCCCCGGCCGCCGGGGGCUGGCAAUGAGUUUGAUCAAUUCGACGACGAGCAGUUCAUGUCCAUGUUCACCGACGCCAUGGCCCCCACCAUCUCCUCCUCCAACCCCUCCACGCCUUCCGACCAUUACAGCUUUAAUGAAGAGAAAACUACAACAAUUGAGCAGCAACAGCAGCAGCAGCAGCUCAAGAACGAAUCGGAGGAGGUGCAAAGCUCUUGCAAAUUGGAGUCACAAACCCCACCACAACCUUCAAUGACCACCUCCAAUGAUCGGAUCGUAGACCCCAAAAGAGUGAAAAGAAUUCUGGCAAACAGGCAAUCCGCGCAAAGAUCACGAGUUAGGAAGCUACAAUACAUAUCAGAGCUGGAACGCAGCGUCACCUCAUUACAAACCGAAGUCUCGGUGUUGUCGCCGCGGGUGGCGUUUCUGGACCAUCAGCGGUUGCUUCUAAACGUCGACAACAGCGCUCUCAAGCAAAGAAUCGCGGCUCUGGCGCAAGAUAAGAUUUUCAAAGAUGCCCAUCAAGAUGCGUUGAAGAGGGAAAUAGAGAGACUAAGGCAAGUCUAUCACCAGCAGAACCUCAAGACUACGGAGAACGCGGCGCCACCCACGGCCUCCGAUGUUAAGGAUUUUAAGGAGGAGGAUGUUCUAAACCAUUGACCCUUUUCCUCCGAGGAAGUCAUAGAUUAGAUUUUAUCACGUCGACAUUAACGAAAAAAAAACCAGAAAAGGGUUGUGUACCAUGAAUUCGGAAAGAAAGAAAGAAAGAAAGAUUGAGCGGGUUGUACUCAAUUUUUUUUCAAUGCAAACAUGGAAACCAUAGAGAAAUUGACUAGGGCAAGGGGGGCUAGCUAGGGAUUGAGAGGCUGUGGUGGUUUCUGCAGAUGACCUGUGAAUUCACAUGAUAUGUUCCCCUCAAGGUUGGACCCCAUCAAAAUCACAUGAUUGGAGGGCAAGAAAAGGACACAUGCACCACCCAUACUUAGGAGGAAAAAAAAUGCUUAGAAUGAUGAGAAGAUUGUCCUAAUUAGGGAGGGGGAAGGGAGGGAUGGUUCUGGUUGGUGGUGAUUGUUUUAGGGCUUUGUAUGGAUUAACAUUUUUUUUUUUUUGGGUGGGUUUAGUUUUUAAUUUCUAUUGAAUUAUAUGGUGGAGGUCAGUGAAUAGUGGGUGGGUUUUGUAUUGGGAUGUAUGAAAGGAGGGGUUGUCAGGGCUGUCUCAUACUUUAAUGUCUCAUUGUUGUACCCUUUUCAGUGUCUUUCCUGGUUGUAAUAAUUCGAUUCCAAGAAAAAAAAAAAUGUAAAUAUGAUUUGUGGUUGUAAAUAGUGAAAAUUUGUGAAAA